UCUAAACUACAAAUCCCUGAACGAGUCUACCAGAGCUGUAACAUAUUCAAGCAAGAACCGUCAAGCACUAUGUGACAACAGACUGCCAAAAGCCUGGUACAGAUUUAGUGGAGGAGCCGGCGACAAGAUGCCUGAGCGCUGUGUAGACAAAUUUAGCUGUGGAACCCAUGCUCCAGGCUGGUUAAGUAAAAGUCAUCCUUUAGUAACAGAAGGGGUUGUUGACGCUACAGUUUGUUUUCACUGGGGAUCAACCUGCUGUUUUUGGUCAUCCCAAGUCAAAGUUCGGAAUUGCGGGGGGUUCUAUGUUUACCAGUUGAAACAGACUCCUGCCUGCAGCCUUCGUUACUGCGGAAACAGGCAAGAGCCGAUGACGAGUACGCCAUAUCCAUCGACGACCAAAGCGCCUACAACCCCUUCACUUCCUCCUGAAUGUUCCAGAUACAAGGUCAUUAGUGAUGCAGAUCGUUCACAAACCUACGAAUACAAGAACGUGCAAGACGCCAAGCCCAUCUGUGACCGAAGGCUUCCCAAGGCCUGGUACCGGUUCUCAGGAUUGGCGGGAGACAAGAUGUCAAACGAAUGUGUCCCUCCUUAUCACUGUGGGACCCAUGCCCCCGGAUGGCUGCUAGGAGCUCAUCCAGAAGUGUCUGACGGAGUCGUAACAAGAACAGUGUGUUUCAGCUGGCGAAACAAAUGCUGUAGAUGGCGCAGUCAAAUCUCAGUCAGAAAUUGUGGUGAUUUUUAUGUGUACAAGUUACAAAGAGCACCGAAAUGUAAACUCCGCUAUUGUGGUGUUGGAAAACAAGGUACGACAACAACACCAGGGCCAACAACGAACCCGAUUCCAACAACAAUCGCUAAACACCCGUUUAUCGUUAUAUGUAUCCCGCAAAGAAUGCCACGCAGGGAUGAGGCGUUCCCUUACAAAUGUAAUUACCACCGUCUCGAUUCUGUCCAGAAUGUGCUGAACAACUUUCAACUGCUCCACAAGCGAAGAGGUGCGGCAGAGAAGCGAGCCCAAGCUUACCCUCCUUUCAUGGUGAUGUGUUUAGUCGACUCUAUGCACGUGUUUAUUCCACGGAGACAUCUGCCUCGCUCAGUGGAUCCCUGGCAACUUCGCCUCGAUGAUGAGCGAUGUGGAGUGGCACAAAUGAACGAUGAGCAUGUCAUGCUUCAAACACCGCUGGAAGGAUGCGGAACAACUCGCAGAACCUACGAUAAGUCAGUGUCAUUCCACAACAAAGUCGUGGCUCAAUCUGGAAUGGGAUUUUUGGAUCUGCCGUUCCAAUGCAGCUACGAAACUCUUGAUUCGGAUAAGGACCUUAACCGCUUUGAACCAUUCUUCAAGCGAGAUGAGCCAGAGACAGGGCCAAAUUAAGGUGAUUAGUGGCGCCUCCACACAGGGAGGAGCAAACAGUGUGUUAAAGGCUCGUACGAUUACAGCAGAGCAAGAGAAUUUUUCUAAAUAUUUCUUUCCAGUUGGGUGAAGGCGGGCAAUGCAUGACCUAAUACUUAGCGCGACGGAGCCACCCCCUCCCCACCCCUCAAAAAAAAAGACAAAGAAAGAAAGUGACCCACAUGCUCAGUAACAUAUAAGAUGGUAGUAACUAGUUCAAGUUCACAAAUAUGACCUUUCUCUUCUACGCGCAUAUUUCCCUCCUCAGGACCCAUUUCGAAAUCCCUCGUAAGUACACGAGAUCCUCCCCCACUGAGUCGCAUUUGUUAUGUAUUAAUUGACAAGUAUUCACCGAAAAGGGGGUGAAUAGUGGUGGAUAUUUACCGAACCUUAAAGCGGCGAGGUAAAUAUCCAGAUUAAAAUACACUGAUGUGAAAAAUUGUUUCAGUAUAUGUCACACAAAUACCCGAAAAAUAGUCGGAAAUUUAACUCUUGACGUAAACAGUAUCUGAUAUUCACUUCCGAACUAGCCAAUCAGCAUGCGCGAAAAACCCCAAUUCACUGGUAUGGUAUUAACUAACAACAAAUAAUUGUUUUUUCAGGCCUCGACUCUACACCGAUGAAAAAAUAAAAAAUCCUGUUGUUAUACAGUUACUAGAGUUACCCUUAAAACAUGUAAAGAGAUUUUAUGGAUAACAAUAUUAUAGAAAAAACUGUGAAUAAAUGACAUCAGAGAUUUCCCGCUAUGCUAGACACGGGCAUUCAAGUUAUAUGUAUUAUUUAGACAUUUUUAAGUACUUUUAGUCAUGGUUUUUCGCCGAGUUUUGUUGCUACUGUAAGUAAUAUCAUAAAGGAAUAUCAUUCUCGCGUUGGUAGAAGUUUGUUUACCAAUAAAGACAAUAACAAAGUUGUA